AUGGCGGAAAAUAACAUGGAUAAAGUCCCUCGUGGUACUGAGGAUAUAUCGUCCAAGCGUGGCGCUCCAACACCUCGGUAUAUGGUUAUCCAUCGCGUGAAAUGCCCUAGAUCAACCCCAGCCCAUUCUGGGCAUCCUCCUCUUUCAUCAUAUCUUGAUGUUCCACGUCUGUUUGUCGGCGAUAACGAAGCAAGCCCCCUCAAGGGUCAAAUCCCGGAUGAGGAUUCCCAGAUGCGAGCCAAAAGGAAUCCCACUAUUUCUUUCAUCAUACACCGCACUUACAACUGUCUUGAAUACCAUAACGCAGUAUUUGAGGCCUUACGGGAGGCUUCAGCCAGCUCUGCGCCACAUAAUCUCAGUUCUCAAUUAUGCCUGUCGAACGAUGCUGACGGUGCUGUAGCAGAAGCAGAGUAUAUAGAAAUUGUAUCGAAGGAUUUGAACGACGGAAUAGAAGCAGUCAAGGAAGCUGAUACCCUGCAAGAUACUGUGGACGAGUCAUUGUUACUGGGCUGGCAACGAGAACAUAACUUGGUGGCACCAUACCUUCAUUUCUAUCACACUCGACAUCUGCUGCGUGACAACGUCCCGCAGUUGCCAGAGCGUCAAAGUCAAGACAUCAAUCUCCUCCUUAAGUACCUGGACAAGGAAUUUAGCCCCGACUAUCAAGAAGCCGAGAAACUUUUUUUUCGCGAAGGGCUUGUAAGCAGGAAACACUUUCACAAGCUAUUUGGGCCGAGAGAGAUACUAGUCACUGUGGAAGAAGGGAAUCAUGUCGCCAUGGUUUCAAAAUAUCCUCCUCUCCCUGGUUCGAAUCCGAUACGGUUAGAGUGCGAAAUGUGGAAAUUUGAUGGCCGUUUUGCAAAGUUCAGAAGGAUUAUCACCAUACCGUGGCCAAAGCAUGCCGCGGAUGCGGAUAAGGUCCCAAUCAAGUCGCUCGGUAUCUUCCCUCUUCGAUUCGAUCAACAACUUGAGCAUCGUCUUAGAACGCGUGGGGAGUUUUUCUGGAAGCUUCGAAAACCAAGAUUAGUUCUUUACGAUGCCCCAAGCCAGGUUCUCGAUUAUCGCAUGGUAAACGGUCGAUAUAUGGUUGAUAUCGAAACCUACCGUCGUUUCCACAGACCAAACACAAUUCAGAACGUGGCCACAGAGCAUGUUGAACAGUACCUACCAUUAGAAGUCACAGAGUCAGUCUCACCUCCUACUGGCAGCUUUACCCUUCUACUACCGCCGACAACAUAUGGCUUCGGAUUUCACGACAAGAAGUGGCGAAAGCUUGUUAUAGGAUAUGCGACUGAUAUAGUCUGGAACGAGGACCUAUUUCAUAAGCUUGUCAUUCCAGAGGGUGAGAAGAACAUCCUGAGGGCACUCCUUCCCGAAAACAAGGCAUCUGUAGAUGUCGAAGCCGGCCGGGACCGGGGUAGUUUAUUCCUAUUUCGUGGCGAAUGA